AUGGCAGAAAACAAGAUGAGUUUGAAGCUUCUUGUCGACAAGAGAAACCAGACCAUCCUCUUCGCCGAAGCCGGAAAGGACUUUGUGGAUUUCCUUUUCCAUGGUCUGGCUUUGCCAGUUGGAACCAUUGUGAGUCUUCUCUCUAAAGCAGGUGUGGCCAGCGGCGUGCGCAAUCUUUAUGCGAGUGUCGAGAAUCUCAGUGACACAUACAUUGAACGUAGAGAGAAAGAGGCUCUGUUGAAGCCCAAGGCACGGAGCUCUGGUCCAGAUGUUCUGCGCUCAUUGUUGCCCGAAGCUCCGCCAUUAGCGCCAAUUAAAUACUACACUUGCCAUCAUAUUUCCGGACCAGCUGCUGAUGCGGCAUCCUCUGCCAAAAUACCUAGUGGAAAGGGUGGGUAUGUGAGAGACGUCGUCACAUACGUGGUGAUGGAUGACCUGACUGUAAAGCCCAUGUCCAUCAUCUCUUGCGUUACUCUGUUCAACAGGUUCAAUGUGCACGAAAUUGGGGAUCUUGAAGAGAGGGUGGUUGACUUUGGCUUGGACAAGGCAGCAAAUUUCUUGGAAAUUCCAACCUUGCUAGACUUGGCUUCUGCGGUAGUGGCAGACAUGAUGAAGGUAAAACCCCAGCUGAGAUACGCAAAAUUUUCAAUAUCAAGGAUACAUUCUCACCCGAAGAGGAAGAGGUGUGAGGGCGAACCCGUGGGCAUUUGA